AUGCCUCACUACUCGGCCGACUGGCUGCUGCAGGAGCGCAUGGGGAGGGGCUACUCGCGUGAGGCCUACCUGGCCCUGGUGGACCACGCCAGGGCCACGGUUCCAGGGGUUUCGAUCAGCUCGGACUUCAUCUCGGGGUUCUGCGGGGAGACCGAGGAGGACCACCGGGACACGCUGUCUCUCAUGGAGACCGUGCGAUACGACCAGGCGUUCAUGUACGCGUACUCGCUGAGGGAGAAGACAAGGGCAGCGCGAAGACUUAAGGACGAUGUCCCGCCGACAGUGAAACAGCGGCGAUUAGAGGAGGUCAUUGAGACGUUUAGGAGAAACGCCUUGGCCAAGAACCUGGAGGAAGAGAUCGGGAAGGACCACCUUGUGCUUGUGGAAGGCCGCAGCCGCAGAUGGAGUGAGGAGGCGCCCGAGCUAACCGGUCGCACGGACGGAAACAAACGCGUGGUGUUUCCCGACAGAGGCGUCAUCGACGGAAUGGGCCGGUUCUCGGAGGUGUCUUGCGGGAAGCAGCAGCAGCGGCAGCAGAGAACGACUCUGCGACCCGGCGACUACGCGGUGGUGAACGUGCGCGAAACUUCCGGGAUCACUCUGAGAGGGUCAGCGAUCGCCCGCACAACUCUGGCCGAACACGACGCGCUUCGCGUCGACGGGGAGAAAUGGCGCGAAACGGUCGCCACGGAGAGGGGCGGGGACGAGGGCAGAGGGACAGAAGUUGCCGUCGGGACCCCGGGAGACGGGCGCGCUUUCGUCUAA